GCUUCCUUAGGUCUGACUCAGGGUUUUCUCCCCAACUCCUCCACCUGGCUGUUGAUCUCCAGACUUUUCCACCUCCAAUCCCCAUUCUGUGCAGUUCUUCCCACAGCAGGGGCACUCAGGAGCCUCUGGAGCCUCCCCCAGGUCUGGGGCCCUGGGAGGGCUUCCUUCUGCUCUUGGCUGGACCCUUGGCUUGGAGCACAGGCCCUUCCUGUGGGACCGUGAGGCCCAGAGCGCCCACCCCGAGCUCCACCUCUGACCUUACAAAGGCUGCCUCAGAACCUGGUCUCCGUGGUGCUGCUGGCAAGAGAAGGGACGCUAUUUUGGGCAGUGCGUCCAGACUUGGCUCAAGUGACAGGGCCCAAACCCCUGCCCCACUGACCUCUUCCCUGGAGCAGCAGAGCAGAGCAGUGCUCGGGCCACCCUGAGGAGGCCCGAGAGGCGGGCUCUAGCUUGGGGACGCAGGGACAGCGGAGCCCUCACAGGGGCUGCAGCCAGAGCCUGAGACAGUCACGGAGGAACAAGUUCAAGACCUGCUGUGACUGAGAGGCCCCCAAGGCAGACGCUGGGAAGCAUAAGGCACUUCGGCAGACAUCUAAAAAUCUCAAAGACAGACUAUGACUCAGGCCGACAGGAAGAAGCGGUCCAUCUGCAUGUCCAAGAUGGUCACACCGCCUGCAGUAACAAGGAUGCAAGCAGUACUGCAGAAGGAGAUGGUGCGCGAGUUCCUGGCCGAGUUCCUGAGCACAUUUGUCAUGAUGGUGUUUGGUCUUGGCUCCGUGGCCCACAUGGUUCUAGGAGACAAGAUGGGGAGCUACCUCGGUGUCAACUUGGGCUUUGGCUUCGGAGUCACCAUGGGAGUGCACGUGGCAGGGAGCAUCUCUGGGGCCCAUAUGAACGCGGCCUUGACCUUCACCAACUGUGCACUAGGCCGCAUGUCCUGGAAGAAGUUUCCCGUGUAUGUUCUGGGUCAGUUCCUGGGUUCCUUCCUGGCUGCUGCCACCAUCUACUGCCUCUUCUACACCGCCAUCAUCGACUACUCAGGGGGAAAGCUGACAGUGACUGGUCCCACAGCCACUGCUAACAUUUUUGCCACCUACCUUCCUGACCACAUGACCUUGUGGAGGGGCUUCCUGGAUGAGGUGUUAGUGACAGGGAUGCUUCAGCUGUGUCUCUUAGCCAUCACGGACAAGGAGAACAACCCAGCACUGCAAGGGACACAGGCCUUGGUGAUCGGCAUCCUUGUUGUCAUCAUUGGAGUGUCCAUGGGCAUGAACUCAGGAUAUGCCAUCAACCCCUCCCGGGACCUGCCUCCACGCUUCUUCACCUUCAUUGCUGGCUGGGGCACACAGGUCUUCAGCACCAAGGACUGGUGGUGGGUGCCAGUGGUGGCCCCAACCCUGGGUGCCUACUUAGGUGCCAUCAUCUACUUGAUCUUCAUUGGCUCCAGCAUCCAACGGGAGCCCCAGAUACUGGAGACUCCCUCGACGUGUGAAGACCGCACAACACCUGUGUUGCCCAAGACCGUGUCUCACCCACCUGCGACCUCUUCCCUCACCCCUGUCUCUGUGUCCCCGACAACAGACCUUCAGUCCUGUCCCAACCUUAAGUGACUGCAUCUGCCUAGAGCACCUCUAAGUAAGACUAUUUGUGACCCCAUCCCCAUCCCAAUAAAGAAAGUCUUGUCCCACAGUGGCA